AUGCUUGUGCCGUUCAUUUCGACCUCAUCACUUCUAGCAUAUAGUGUACAUUCUAUUCCAGCAUCCCAUGAGACACGGGUUUAUGAUAUGGGUAUAUCUAUUACUUUAUUACUGCUUCCCUUUCGUUCCACCACUGUACUUGCGUCGUAUGUGGAUCCAGUCCUGGCCGACCUCUGUCUUCUGAUUAAGCGUGAUUUGAUAAAAGAGAAUGAGAUAUUGAAUCCACGGCCAAUUGACGCAAUCGGGAAUGGUCUGCUGAUUGACCAGAGAACCGCUGUCCAACUUGAAGGGUCGCCAUCUGUGGCCCUGAACUUCGUCCACUGCUUAUGGUCGCUCCUGCUUGUACAAGCAAACUCGUUCUGA